AUGAAGUCACCAGUUGCCCUCGCCAUUGUGGCAAGCUCAGUUCACGCAGCAGACCUGCAAGCCUACAAUGUUGACCCCAAAUCUGUCUCUGUGUCGGGACUAUCCGCCGGUGGAUUCAUGGCCGGUCAACUUGGCGUAGCAUACUCAGGAACCUUUCAGACUGGAUUCGGAGUAUUCGCAGCUGGUCCGUACGAUUGUGCUAGGAGUCAAUCCUACACCACAUGCAUGUACAACAUGAACCCAUCCAUCACAACACCCACCGCCAACAUGAAAGCCUGGAGCGGCAAACAAAUCGACCCAACCACCAACCUCCAACAACGCAAAAUCUUCCUCGAAGUCGGAACUGCCGACUACACCGUCGGUUCCAACCCCAUGAACGCGCUGAAACAGCAACUCUCAGGCUUCGCUCCCACCGCCAACAUCGCCUACGUCGCCCGGUCCGGCCAAGGGCACACAUUCCCCACGGACUUCAACGGCGCGGGUGAUAACGCAUGCGGACUGUCCUCGUCGCCCUACAUUUCCAACUGCGGAUACGACGGUGCAGGUGCUGUGCUGCAAUGGAUGUAUGGCACCCUGAAUGCGCGGUCAUCCGCGGCGCAAGGCUCGGUCGUAAGCUUCAGCCAGACUGGGUCGUAUGGAUCAGCGGGUUUAGACAAGACGGGGUAUUUGUAUGUUCCGAAGGCUUGUGCUGAUGGGAGUGUGGUGUGCAAACUACAUGUUGCUUUGCAUGGUUGUCUGCAGAGUUAUUCUUCUAUUGGGAACAAGUACAUCACUAAUACUGGGUAUAACUUGUGGGCUGACACCAACAACAUUAUUGUAUUGUACCCACAGGCAGUUCCUGAUAAUACGAUCCAUCCUAUUUGGCAGGGCGUUUUGUCGAACCCUAACGGGUGCUUUGACUGGGUUGGAUGGUACGGGCAGAAUGCAGACCAGAAAGGAGGAGUCCAAAUGGCCGCUAUUGUCAACAUGGUCAACCGAGUCACUUCUGGGUUCAAGUAG